AUGUCGAACGAACAGCGUGAUAAGCAUGUUGUCUCUUUGAGUGACAUUCUCACGAGUAUAGUUUUAAUCUUUGGUGGCUGCUGUACAAACGUUAUUGCCUUAGAAAGAUUAGUUGCUGAGGCCCCAAAAAGUGGAAACCUGUUCACUUUCGCUCAAUUCCUGUUCAUUGCUAGUGAAGGCUUACUUUAUAAUCUUGAUUUUUCAUCAUCCAUCCCAAAACUUAAGAAACGCCAUGUUCCUUUAUAUCGCUGGUUUUUACAGGUGGUUAUGUUUUUUACAGUGUCAGUAUUGAAUAAUAUAGCAUUCGGAUAUAAGAUAUCCGUACCAUUACAUAUUAUUUUUCGUAGUGGCGGGCUAAUUGUUAGUAUGAUAUUGGCACAAGUUAUCGCGGUCGUGUCGGUAACUUUGGGUGUCAUUCUUGCAACUAUUAGUUCAUCUGACGCUAAUGUUGAGGAGAAGGUUGAGGUUGGCACUCCAGAAUAUGUGAUUGGUAUCUCGCUACUCUCAUUUACAGUAGUAUUAUCAUGUUUUAUGGGUUUAUUUCAAGAACUUACAUAUGAGAAACAUAAAAGUGAUUGGCGCGAAGGGCUAUUCUACACGCAUUUUCUAGCAUUACCGUUCUUUUUGUUCUUUUAUCCUGAUAUCAGAGAACAGGCCCAAGUUUACAAUGAAUCUACUUCAGAGCCACUUAGCAAAAUAUUACCUGUUCCCAACUGGUUCCAAGAUGUUUCGACUUGUUGCAAUUUACCAAAAUCGUGGACUUAUCUCAUCAUAAAUGUUCUUACUCAGUAUGUGUGUAUUUCGGGCGUUCACAAGCUGCAAUCACGAGUUAGUGCACUAACCUUAAAUCUUGUUUUAAAUCUCCGAAAAUUUACUUCUCUUGUUAUUUCUCUGUGGUUUUUUGAUAAUGAAAUUAAUUAUGGUGUCAUAGUCGGAGGCAUUUUGGUAUUUGUGGGAACCUUGUUAUAUUCUUUUGGUGCUAAUUCCAAAGGUUUGAAAACCAAUGAACAUUCGGACAAUUUAAGGAACAAAAAAGACCUAUGA